AUGGGAAAGAAAGCAUGGGCAAAGAAAAUCAAGCCCACUUCAACCCGCAGGGAAGAAACUCCAGAAUCACCACCGCCGCGGGAAGGACGGUCGUCGAGCCCACAACCAGAACCGCAACUACCGGAGCCGACUCCUCAGGCGCCAACAAUGGUCUCCUUGGAAGCAAUGGCGGAAUUCCUUCGACAACAGGACCCUAAUAGAGAUUGGGCGGCGGCGCUGGCCGGUUUUAGUCAAAUCAGGGGAAAAUGGAGCAUGACCGGAGAAACCCCAUCUGAACCGAUUGUGCAAUCCACGGUACAACCACCCAGCUCCAUUCCGACUUCCUCCGAAAUUUCACCAGGAAGAGAAUCUCCCCCAAUUAUCGCACCGCCUGAGUCUGCGGAUCCCUCCCAAACUCCACAACAGAGUGAUUCGAUGGAGGUUGACCCCAUCUCCGCCCAUUACGAUUCCGACGCAGAAGAACGUGAAGCGAGAAGAAGAGAGGAGGAAAAGGGCCAGAAGGGAGGCGAUGAACCAGAGAAAACGCCAACAGCGGAACCCAUUCCUCAUGAAGCAGCGAGGGAAGAGAUAGAUUUGAAUGAGACGGCCAAGAAACAAGGCUUAAUGAAUGAUGACGAAUUUCAGGCAAUUUUGGAUGGAGUGAAUCAAAGGCAAGAUGAUACUGCCACGAUGGUUGAGGAUUUGGACCUCACAUCUAGGGCAGUAGGGGAGGAAGAGCCAGAGUUAGAAACUCCCCAGACAGAGGUGGGGGAGAGUGAUGAGCAUAUUGAGGAAGAGUCAGUACCAAGAGCGGAGGUACCAGAACCAGUAGCACAUCCGGUGACGAAACCAAAGGCAGUGAAGAGGAAGUUGGUGUUGAAGCGCUAUCCGAGGGCAGAGAGGCCGAAGCCAGAGAGGGUAUCACAAAGAUGUCUCGGAAAGUGGGCAUCUAGCAAGGUGAAUCCAAACACAGAGGCAGAUCCGGUGGAGAUCUUGAGUGAUGAGGAAAGGGCUACUCCCACAAAACCUGGGGAGGAGUUUUUACCUACUACUGACUUAGCGGAUACUGCAAGGGAAAACGAAGCGAUCUCUCCAACGCUGAGUGGCCAAGGGGAAGAGGCUGACGGGAUGGAACCCAAAGAAGAGAAAGAUGAGGAUGAUGGAGAGGAAACUAGAUAUCAGGAAGAAAGGAAGCGAAAAGGGAAAGCUCUUAUGGAGAAGAAACCCAGUGUCAAGAGGCAGCGCACAGCAAAUACAAGCGUAGUCAUAACUGAAGCCGUUCAGAGAACCCCACCAAGCCGCAGGGAACAGAGUGAUAGCGAAUACGCUAUCAGUGAAGAGUCGAACUCAGAUAGCGACAUAUCCUUGGAGAAUGAGGAGUGUAGUGAGCAACAACUCCCGCGCGAUCAUUGGGAGCUAGUGCAUCCCGGUAGAGAGAUUGCGGUACCGGCGCUGGAGGCUAUACCGACUGGGAGAUCUGCAGCACAUCCGGGGAGACAAGAUCAAGAGCAGAGACAGGAGAGGCUAGAGAAGGCAGUGGAAGAGUUGGCGGAAGAAAAUCGACAAGCUAGGGCAGAGUUGGCUCGCCUGACUAACAUGAUGGAAGGAAUCUUGAAGGAGUUGGGAACGGGGAAGCUAGUGAGAGAAGCCGGACCGAAUGGCCACGGAGGCCGAACUAAUGAACCACGAGUAUCAGAGCAGGUAGUACCCGAGACAGAAGAAGCAGAGCACAAAGAAGAAGAAGAACAAGAGGAAUCUGAGGAAGAACCAUCCGAAAACGAGGAAGGGGAUUUGGAGGAACCACCUGCACCAGUCCCUGCACCGAGGAGGAGCAGGAGAAACGCGUGA